AUGAACCAAGGGGGUGUUUUUGGACUUGGCCCCGGGUUAAGGCUCAAGAAUAUCCCGCAUGACCACCACGAUAGACACGAACAGCACACCAAGAGCGAUGUAUAUAAAGAACUUGCGCCAGUUGACCCACAGCCACAAAACCAGGAGUUAUCCAACGAUUUACCACAGGAGCCAGAAAAAGUGCCGCAGAGCGAGCGUCCAGACUUAUCGAAAUUAUUCAGCAUCAGCAGACGACCCAUGGACGCAUUUCUGAAGGGUAAGUACAAACGGAAGCCCUGCGACAAGCAUCCCGAAAGGCCUGUUCCCGCUUUUUUACCUCCGGAUAUGGCAGAGCUUUUCAGAACCAAGAAAUACGCCGAGUUAUACCGUAGACUCGAGUCGGUGUCUCUUGCGCCGUUCGAGUUCGAACAGCUGCUCAUUAUGUCCAACAAUUACACCUUUAUCUACAAAAUGGCACAGAGAUUUCGCGACAUUUUUGACUACGCGGGCCUGAGCACUGCAUUUCUCGAACGCCUGCUUCUCGUCCUCUACAUGAACUUCGACUACAAAGAGUUUGAACGUAUAUUCAGCAUCUACCUCAGUCGUGUCGACGACCCUGAUCCCGACGCUUUCCGGCUAGCUCUACGUGUGUAUCUGCGCACAGAAAACGUGAGCGUGGCCACACAGAUAUUUAAUCAGACAGUUAUGUCAUGCAGAAAAUUGUCCGCCGAUAUUUUGGACUCGUACCUAAAGGAUCUGCAGCAAACGACGUCCAAUCCGUCACUGUGCUAUAUGGCAUACCGGUUAUGGCACUCCCGAGGCCAUAACAUCCACUUUCGCACGCGAGUCCUAAUAUACAAGAUAAUGAUGCGCCACGGUACACGAGAACAGGAAAAAUGGGUUAUACAACAUAUGGAAGACACUAAAAGUCACAAGGUGUGGUUCGUCGACGAGCUGGACGAAAUUGAAACGAGCCGAGAGGCCCGGCAAUACAUCUCCACUCUCUAUCUGGAAUGGGUUGAGCGAUUAGAGCCCGAGGAAUGUGAGUGUUUCCGUCUGGAGUGCAUAGACAUGUUCAUGAGAGUUGGAGAGGUUUCGCUGGCUAGGAAAGUGCUGGAGGACGCUGCCACGGACGCAGAGUUCAAGGUUCUGCUUCGCAGAGUUUUAUGGUGGAUCCAGCGCGAUGGACAGCCCGAGGUGUAUGCGGAACUUUUGCUCAAGAUAGCCAGAGAAACCGGCUUGGAAUUCCAGGAAGAUUUUGUCUAUAACCUGUGGAAAACUUACGUGGCAGCAUACCCGAUGAUCCGCACACCUAUAACUCGGAGAUUGGUGCAGGAAAUCCAGAGCAGCGAUAACUUCUCGCUUCAACGGCUUGCGCACGUGAUCACACUCGACGAAAAAACCGGCAAGCAUCGUCUGUUGCGCAGGAGUAUAGUUGGGGACAGGGCAGAACCCGUGCUGCCGCGGAUGAAGGCGAUCGACAGCCGGAUGCGCAGUGGGAUCUGGCCGCACAAGGGGAUAUUGGUGACGGCAUUGAAGACGUCUCGGUCCAUCGAGGAAGUCGAGCAGCUGGUGGAUUUUAUGCGCAGCAACCCGAAAAUCGCGGACUUGGACGAACCAUCGCUCAAAAUGCUAGUUUUUCUCAAACGCAAGACACUCAACCCGAAAUUUCAUCUUGGCACCUUUAAGUUCCUCUCGUCGAUUGUGGAGGAACAUCGCGACUUUCUGUCCGUUUCAGACUACACGAACAUGCUGCUGGAUGCCGUCAAGUUCCAUAACCAUGAGUUUGGCAUGGUGGUUAUGGACAGAAUGGCAGAGGUUUCGCCGCGCAGCAACACCGAGCUUCUCAGGGCUGUGUACGCUAUAAUCAAGUUUUACCUUGAGCAGGGGCGUCUGGACCUUGCGAUCGAUAUACUAGAGCAAGUCAAGAAGGACAAGACGUUCUACCCUACGGAGAUUUUCAUGCGCAACACGAAAUCGAUCUGUGAGUUAUACGCCCAUAACCUGGACGUGCAAGACAGCCACGAGAUCAGAGAGAACCUUGUUAUAUAUCUCGAGCACACGAUCAAAGUGCUACAGAACCAGUACGACCAAAUCAGCGCGCAGCAUAUGCAAAAAUUGGACGAGUAUCUAGAGAAAAUGGGCCGCUGGAGGGAACUUGUAUAA